UGGAUACUAUUUACCUGGUAGCUAGUCUACACUGGAUACUAUUUACCUGGUAGCUAGCCUAUACUUUUUACCAGCUGACAACGUAGAUAGACUACACUGUAUAUUAUCUGCCGGGAGCUAGCUGACACUAAAUACUAUCUGCUGGUAGUUAGCUUACACCAUAGCUUGUCUACACUGGAUAUCUUGAAGAACAGGAGCUUCAUCAGCCUGGAUCCUGCUGUAGCUAGCUGCCUUGCUGGCCAGGAUCCUGGAGAGAGAAGACCACCUGUAGAUGGGCCUGGUGGCAGAAGAGGAAUUGUAGAUGAGUGUUUCAUGAUUUAAGAAUGAGUGGGUCCAGCACCACCCGGCUCAGCCCCAACACACUGCAGGUGAACGAGCCCAAGCGCUAUGGCUCCACGUUGUCUCUGGAAGAGAAGUGUGAACAGUCUUUCUUCCUUUUCUACUAUUACAGGAUGGAGGACGAGGCCGUGCUGGACCGAGGCGCCUCCUUCCUCAAACACGUCUGUGAUGAAGAGGAGGUAGAAGGUCACCACACCGUCUACAUCGGAGUGCAGAUGCCCAAGAGCUACCGGCGUCGGAGACGUCAACGCCGGAGAGGAAGCCACAAGGACAGGAAGGAUCAUCUGACGGAGAACGCCUCUGACAGGUCCGACACAGAAAACAACGAUGAGGCCAGCAACAGCAUCCUCAAACCGCUCAUCUCUCCAGCGGGCGAGAGGAUCCGCAUUAUGCUGGGAGAGGAUGAUGAUGGACCGUCACCACCUCAACUCUUCACUGAGCUGGAUGAGCUGCUCUCUGUGGAUGGGCAGGAGAUGGAGUGGAAGGAGACAGCCAGGUGGAUCAAGUUUGAGGAGAAGGUGGAGAAGGGAGGAGAGCGUUGGAGUAAACCCCACGUGGCCACGCUGUCGCUCCACAGCCUGAUGGAGCUCCGGACUUGCAUCGAGAAAGGAACCAUCAUGCUGGAACUGGAGGCCUUCACGCUGCCGCAGGUCGUUGAGUUGAUCACAACCAGCCAGAUAGAGAGCGGUCUGCUGAAGGCGGAGCUAAAGGACAAGGUGACGUACACGUUGCUAAGGAAACAUCGACACCAGACAAAGAAGUCCAACCUGCGCUCGCUAGCUGACAUCGGCAAGACGGUCUCCAGUGCAACCCGUAGUCCGCUUGAAAACUCAGUGCCUUGUCUAACAGUCCGUGCCUCAAUGGAGGAGCUGCAGACCCAACGAAGCCCCAGCAUGGACUGGCUUAGCAGUCCAGCCACCACACAUCGGAACCUGGCCUCAAGCAGCAUGAACGACAUCUCCGACAAACCAGAGAAAGACCAGCUGAAGAACAAGUUCAUGAAGAAGCUUCCCCGAGACGCCGAGGCAUCCAACGUUCUCGUAGGAGAGGUGGACUUCCUGGACGCCCCCUUUGUGGCAUUUGUCCGUCUACAGCAGGCUGUGAUGCUGGGAGCUCUUACAGAAGUCCCUGUCCCCACCAGAUUCCUGUUCAUCCUUUUAGGACCCAAAGGAAAAGCCAAGUCCUAUCAUGAGAUAGGAAGAGCUAUCGCCACCCUCAUGUCAGAUGAGGUGUUCCAUGACAUAGCAUACAAGGCGAGGGACAGAGAGGAUCUGCUGGCUGGCAUCGAUGAGUUUCUGGAUGAGGUGAUUGUACUGCCCCCGGGGGAAUGGGACCCGGCCAUCAGGAUAGAACCGCCCAAGUCUGUACCCUCUGCUGACAAAAGGAAGAACAUGUAUGCUGGAGGCGACAGCGGCCAGAUGAACGGAAACACGCCCCAUGAUGGGGGAGGAGGGGGAGGGGGGCAUGCAGUGGGAGACGAGCUCAAGAAGACAGGCAGGUUUUGUGGAGGCCUCCUACUUGACAUCAAAAGGAAAGCUCCAUUCUUCGCCAGUGAUUUCUACGAUGUGUUCCACAUCCAGGCACUGUCGGCCAUCCUGUUCAUCUACCUAGGAACCGUAACUAACGCCAUCACCUUCGGAGGGUUGCUAGGAGAUGCCACCGACAACAUGCAGGGUGUGUUGGAGAGCUUCCUGGGCACGGCGGUAUCUGGAGGGAUCUUCUGUCUGCUGGCUGGCCAGCCUCUCACCAUCCUCAGCAGCACUGGACCUGUUCUGGUCUUCGAGAGGCUGCUCUUCAACUUCAGCAAAGACAAUGACUUUGACUAUCUGGAGUUCCGGCUGUGGAUUGGUCUGUGGUCUGCGUUCUUUUGUCUGCUGCUGGUUGCUACUGACGCCAGCUACAUGGUUCAGUACUUCACCCGAUUCACAGAGGAGGGCUUCUCCUGCCUCAUCUCCUUCAUCUUCAUCUAUGAUGCCUUCAAGAAGAUGCUGAAGCUGGCUGACUACUACCCCAUCAACUCUGACUACCAGAUUGACUAUGUCACCCAGUAUGACUGUAUGUGUAUGGCCCCUACCAUCUUAGAAAACAGUACGGAGGUGUUUGGAGAUCCUCUGGAUGCUGAUAGCACUGCUGUCUGGUACUUCAACAACACUGAUCUACCUCUGAAUGCCACGUGGUCGUCCCUGUCUAAGAAGGAUUGUGUGAAGUAUGGAGGAGAGCUGGUGGGGAAGGCAUGUAAAUAUGUUCCUGACAUCACUCUGAUCUCCUUCAUCCUUUUCCUGGGAACCUACACUACCUCCAUGAUGCUGAAGAAGUUCAAGACCAGUCCUUUCUUCCCUACAUGGGUGAGGAAACUAAUCAGUGACUUUGCCAUUAUCUUGGCCAUCCUGAUCUUUUGCGGUGUGGACAUGCUAGUAGGAGUGGACACUCCCAAGCUCAUAGUCCCAACUGAGUUCAAGCCAACGAGCCCCAACCGUGGCUGGUUUGUUCCCCCGUUUGGAGGCAAUCCUUGGUGGGUGUACGUGGUGUCAGCGGUGCCUGCCCUGCUGGUCACCAUCCUACUCUUCAUGGACCAGCAGAUCACCGCUGUCAUCGUCAACAGGAAGGAGCACAUGCUGAAGAAAGGCGCAGGCUACCACCUGGACCUGUUCUGGGUUGCAGUUCUGAUGAUUGUAUGUUCCUUCAUGGGGUUGCCAUGGUACGUGGCGGCGACGGUCAUCUCAAUCGCUCACAUAGACAGUCUGAAGAUGGAGACAGAGACAUCCGCCCCUGGAGAAAUGCCCAAGUUCUUGGGAGUGAGGGAGCAGAGAGUCACUGGUGUGUGUGUAUUCAUUCUGACGGGGCUGUCUGUCUUUAUGUCUCCCAUCCUCAAGUUCAUCCCCAUGCCAGUGCUGUAUGGAGUGUUCCUCUACAUGGGCGUGGCCUCUCUUAAUGGAGUGCAGUUCAUGGACCGUCUCCAGCUGCUCCUGAUGCCAGCUAAGCAUCAGCCUGACCUUGUGUACCUGCGCCAUGUUCCUCUGAGGAAGGUCCACCUGUUUACCUUCAUCCAGAUCCUGUGUCUGGCCCUGCUCUGGGUCCUCAAGUCCACCGUGGCCGCGAUUAUCUUCCCUGUCAUGAUCCUGGCCCUGGUGGCGGUGAGGAAGACAAUGGACUACAUGUUCUCUCAACACGAGCUGAGCUUCCUGGAUGAUGUCAUCCCUGAGAAGGACAAGAAGAAGAAGGAGGACGCUAAGCAGAAGAAGAAGAUGAGGAGCAUUGACAGUGACAUAGAUGAUGAGAUAAAUCCUCAUCAUUCCUGGAUCGACACUCAUCGUGCUGAGCAGCUGCUCUUCUACCAGGCCAACUGUCAGUCAAGUCCAGAGAUGAGUCCACUCAACGUGCCUCAGAUUAGAAUUGAGAUGGACCCUGAUGACAACGGUUACCGCUGGAAGAGCCGAGGGUCUGAGACCUCUCUGUAGCCCCUACUUCUCAACAGCCCCAAGACCCUCGUCCAUGCCCCAAGACCCUCCUCCAUGCCCUGGGACCCUCCUCCCUGCCCCAAGACCCUCCUCCCUGCCCCAAGUCUAUCCUCCAUGCACCAAGACCCUCCUCCAUGCCCCGAGACUAUCCUCCAUGCCCCAAGACCCUCCUCCAUGCAUCAAGACCCUCCUCCAUUCUCCAAGACCCUCCUCCAUUCCCCAAGACCCUCCUCCCUACCCCGAGACCCUCCUCCCUACCCCGAGACCCUCCUCCAUGCCCCAAGACACUCCUCCAUGCCUGAGACCCUCCUCCAUGCCCCAAGACCCUCCUCCAUUUCCCGAGACCCUCCUCCAUGCCCCAAGACCCUCCUCCAUGCCCCGGGACCCUACUCCAUGCACCAAGACUAUCCUCCAUGCCCCAAGACCCUCCUCCAUGCCCCAAGACCCUCCUCCAUGCCCUGUGACCCUCCUCUAUGUCCCAAGACCCUCCUCCAUGGCCUGGGACCCUCCUCCAUGCACCAAGACCCUCCUGCAUGCCCCAAGACCCUCCUCCAUACCUCGGGACCCUACUCCAUGCACCAAGACUAUCCUUCAUGCACCAAGACCCUCCUCCAUGCCCCAAGACCCUCCUCCAUACCCUGGGACCCUCCUCCAUGUCCCAGACCCUCCUCCAUGCCCCGAGACUAUCCUCCAUGCACCAAGACCCUCCUCCAUGCACCAAGACUAUCCUCCAUGCACCAAGACCCUCCUCCAUGCCCUGGGACGUCCCUCCAUGCCCCGAGACUAUCCUCCAUGCCCCAAGACCCUCUUCCAUGCCCUGGGACCCUCCUCCAAUCCCCAAGACCCUCCUCCAUGCCCAGAGACUAUCCUCCAUGCACCAAGACCCUCCUCCAUGCACCAAGACUAUCCUCCAUGCACCAAGACCCUCCUCCAUGCCCUGGGACGCUCCUCCAUGCCCCGAGACUAUCCUCCAUGCCCCAAGACCCUCCUCCAUGCCCCAAGACCCUCCUUCAUGCCCCGAGACUAUCCUCCAUGCCCCAAGACACUCCUCCAUGCACCAACACCCUCCUCCAGGCCCCAAGACCCUCCUCCAUGCCCCGAGACCCUCCUCCAUGCCCCGGGACCCUCCUCCAUGCCCCAAGACCCGCCUCCAUGCCCCGAGACCCUCCUCCAUGCCCCGAGACCCUCCUCCAUGCCCCAAGACCCUCCUCCAUGCCCCAAGACCCUCCUCCAUGCCCCAAGACCCUCCUCACACAAACACUCAACACCAACAAUACUCACACUUGAAAUGUUUUAAACAAUUAUCAUUUGCAUUAUGUUUUCCAAAAGCCAAUAAUGAAAACGAGUGAUUAUCUGAAACUUGACUUGGUGAAUCGAGGAGUUGAGCCUCCCAGGGAUCAACCAAUAGGAAGAGGACAACAUGGUUUCAUCGCUAAAUCCUAACCAAUAGGAAGAGGAGAACAUCACUAGGUCUUUCAGUUUUCACAGCUACUACUGUAGGUUCAUCUGUCUUCCUUAUUCUGAAGUGUCUGACACAUCUAACCCCUUUCUGCUGUUCUACAGUUCUUAUACUGUUCUAUGGUUCUUUGGUUCUAUUGUUCUAUGGUCCUACUGUUCUACGGCUCUAUGGUUCUGCUGUUCUAAGGUUCUAUGGUUCUGCUGUUCUACUGUUCUUCUGUUCUACGUUUCUGUUCUAUGUUUCUGCUGUUCUUCGUAAUUCAUCCACAGUUGUGUUCUCAUUAUUAGAGAAGCAUGUAGAACCCAUUCUGCUCUUUUUAUAUAUAUAGUUCUUCGUCUCAAUUAUUAGAAGUAGAAAAGGAAUUGCGGAAAAUAAUAGUUUGAUUGAUUUUGUAGCUCUACCUCUUAUUUUAGCUGCCAGACGGUGUGAGUUCAUUUCUCUAGAUGGACACAGCAUGGAAUAUAGUUAAUAUGUCUUCUGUUCUUUUACGUCUUGUUAAAAUAUAUUCAAGAGAUUAAAUAUAAUAUAACAUCAGAGAAAUACAUGUGACAUAGAAAUAUAAUAUAAUUAUUGCAAUAUAAGUUAAUUCACUUUUAAACAAUGUUUGGUAUUUUGUUUGUCUAGAUGCAGAUUGUAUAUCACUUUUUCCCACUGGAGUUGUGAUUGCAACACUUUACUGUUAACUGUAAUGACACACGGAUACUGCAGCACUCAGCGAGACUUCAUUUCAAUGUGAUAUUUCAUUGGUCAGACUUAAGGCUGCUCUGCAACAUGUCAGAUCCAACUGAAGCUAUUCUUCCUCUAUUUUCAACAAUGAUUAUUUUGUACUUGUGUUAAAUAUCCACCAUAAUGUAUGUUUGAUAAGGAGAAGAGGUUUCACACUCCAGUCUUCCCAAUGUAACCUGCAUGUCAGACUAAGACCUGGUCUACUCCAGACUCCAGUCUUCCCAAUGUAACCUGCAUGUCAGACUAAGACCUGGUCUACUCCAGACUCCAGUCUUCCCAAUGUAACCUGCAUGUCAGACUAAGACCUGGUCUACUCCAGACUCCAGUCUUCCCAAUGUAACCUGCAUGUCAGACUAAGACCUGGUCUACUCCAGACUCCAGACUUCCCAAUAUAACCUGCAUGUCAGACUAAGACCUGGUCUACUCCAGUCUCCAGUCUUCCCAAUGUAACCUACAUGUCAGACUAAGACCUGGUCUUCUCCAAACUCCAGACUUCCCAAUGUAACCUGCAUGUCAGACUAAGACCUGGUCUACUCCAGACUCCAGUCUUCCCAAUGUAACCUGCAUGUCAGACUAAGACCUGCCUCCAUCCCAAAGUCUAAAGGUCAUACCAUGACCAAUGUCAUCUGUGCACAGCUUGCAGAUGUCCUAUUGCUUCUGACCACAGAACAUUGGCCUCCAUUUUCUUUCAAUUUCCUGAGAGUUCUACAUGUGGAAUUGUCAGAGUUAGUGGAUACGCAGCAUGUAAUCUAUUGUUCAUGGCUGACGUUUGUUAUGGUGUGCCCUGUCCUUUACAGAGAGAGUUUGGACAGCGGUUCAGCUGACAUAGUGAUGCUGUUUCUGAACACCACCCAUUCAUAAUGAUGGCUGUUUUAUCUAAUAGCAUCAUAAUGUUGACUGAUUGUUUAAAUGACUGUCUGGCUGACUGACUAACCGACUGUGUAAAUAACCGUUUGACUGACUGUCUAAAUUACUAUCUGACUGUCUAAAUGACUGUUUAAAGGACUGACUGACUGUCUAAAUUACUGUCUGACUGACUUACGGACGGACUAUCUAAAUAUUUGUCUGACUGAUGGACGGACUGUCUAAAUGACUGUCUGACUGUCUAAAUAACUGUCUAAAUAACUGUCUGACUGACUGUCUAAAUGACUGACUGACUGUCUGUAUUGUGUUCCCUGUCCUUUGCAGAGGAUGUUUAGACAGCGGUUCAGGGGACACAGUGAUGCUGUUUCUGAACACAACCCAUUGAUAAUGAUGGUUGUUUUAUCUAAUAGCAUCAUAAUGUUGACUGACUGUCUAAAUGACUGUCUAAAUGAAUGUCUGACUGACUGACGGACGGACGGACUGUCUAAAUUACUGACUGACUGUCUAAAUGACUCCCUGACUGACUGUCUAAAUGACUCUCUGACUGACUGUCUAAAAGACUCUCUGACUGACUGUCUAAAUUACUGUCUGAUUGACUGACUGUCUGACUCUAAAUGACUCUGACUGACUAACUAAAUGACUGACUGGCUGUCUAAAUGACUGUCUAACAGACUGACUGUCUAAAUUACUUUCUGACUGACUGUUUGACUGUCUGGCUGACUGUCUAAAUGACUGUGCACAUUCGAGCGGUUCACUUUUAUCAAGUUUCCGUUAGUCAGUCAGACAGUCAUUUAGACAGAUCCUGCAGCCAUCACAUGCAUUGAGGGUGGUGGGUCUAUUGUCAACCAAUCAUUAGGGUGUUUUUGUUUCACCCACGCCAACAUGACAAAGGACGUGACUGAAACAGGAACCAACUUUUCCACGAUUCAUGUAUAAAGUGUAUAUUUAAGUGAUAAUGCCUGAGAAGUCGAUGUUUGGAUGGGUGUUGUUAACGUGCCAAUAUAUCCUCCAAACACCGGCUUCGAGGCCAUUAUCACUUUUAUAUAACAGGUUACCAACACAUUCAUAUAAUGAUUGACAUUUUAAUUUAAAACUUUAUUUUGAUGAAUUUAUUUAUACCUUCAUCCUUCCAUGAGAUAAAGUCCAGUCGCAAAUCUAAGGUUGCUACCCAAGCCGUCUGGUCGUUCGUUCUUUCGGUUCGGUUGCCAGAGACGCGACCCAGUAGUUGAGUCUUUAUGUUCUGUAUGUUUUUGUUCUAAAUGUUCCACUGCCAUACUGGCUGGAAAUGUUCUUAUCCCUUGCUUGCUAGCUAACCAAAUACAGCUAACUCACAGUUAUGUCAAACAGUACAGCCAGAAUAACAUCAAAGUAGCUGCAAUUACGUUUGUUUAAGCUAUUUUUAGUGACAUUUAUUUGGAUACAUCCAUUGCAAUGAGCUAAUGGUGAGCUAUUUCGCCUGGAAUAGAAAAUGUGCUCUUUCUUCAAGACACUGUUGUUCAGAGGAACUGCAAAGACUGCAAACUAGCUGCUUUUUGUUUCGCUUGACCUGUUUUCUAUUGACAUUUCUCUGUAUAUAUCCAUAAAAUGAUGCCAGCUGAUUCAUGACUGAGAAAAGCUGCCUGUCUGCCUGUCUGUCUCGUCCUGACUCCUGACACGUUCAAUACUAUGGGACAUCUGGAGAUUGAAUUUAACAUUGAAACAAUGUUGCAAAUUUCAGAGAGACAGACAGCAAGGUUUAUACAAAUCUCCACUGUUGAAAUCUAAAUGUUAGUCUAAAAGACAUGUGAGAUAAUGUCUAGAUGCUUUUUAUACUGGAGAUCAAGUUUAUAAAUUGCCGGCUGGGCUGAUGAGACAGUGGAUGGCGCAGUCAGAUGGAACAGAGUAAAUAGGCAUUUUAACGUCAUAGCUUUGGCCGCUGGUAAUUUGUGGAAUAGACAACGUCUAGAAUGUGGUUUUAACCAAUCAGCAUCCAGGAUUAGAACCACCUGUUGUAUAAGUACAAUUGUAUAUAUUUCGGGCUCUCUUUCGCCAAUUGAUAGCACAAUGUAAACACAUAUAUUUACAGUUUGUGAGUGUGUGAUAUGGGGGUUGGAUAGAUGAUUAUCUCAACAUUAUAAAGAGCAACUUUUAUAAACAAUGGCAACACUGCCAUGUUGUACUGAGCUUUGCUGUCCGAAAACCACAUCCGUGUCUGACUCCAACUUCACUCCUCAACUUCGUCUACAGUCGGUUGCUUUCACCUUACCACAAACAAGCCCACUUUCUGACUGACUGACUGACUGUCUGACUGGCUGUCUGACUGGCUGACACUGUCUGUCUGUCUGUUUGUCUGUCUGACUUCACUGCUCAAGCUCACUCUGUAUCCAAUCAGUCUUGACCAGUGAGUCUGGCCCCAUAUUCGGAAAGCAUCUCAGAGUAGGAGUGCUGAUCUAGGAUCAGUUCCUUCCAGUUUAUGUUAUCCUAUUAAUUAUGAUGGACAAACCGAUUAGAUUAGUAGUCCUACUGUGAGAUCCAUUCCAGUGUAUGUUAUCCUAUUAAUUAUGAUGGGCAAACUGAUCCUAGAUCAGUAGUCCUACUCUGAGAUCCUUUAUGAAUACGGUCCAGGUUUCUCCUCUAUAUAAUCUGUACAUACAUAACUGCAUGUUGGACCACCAAGAUGCAAUAGGUAAACUUUUAUCUUUGUCAUUGUAUUCAUUUGUUUCUUUCAAGAUAUCUGUAGAUCAACACGUAACAGUAUGCUACAUACUGUAUUUUCAGAAUCAACGUUUUAACCAUAGUCCAUAGAGUGUAAUUUAUGUCUGGGACAUAUUAUGGAGGAAGUUAGUUCAACUUGAUUGAAGUACAUUAAGCAUGAUUCUAAAACUUGUAACAUGCAAAAAAGUGUUAAAUUAAAAAGUAAAUUUUAGUUUAUUCCAUACUAACCCUUUUUAAUUGACUUUUGUGAUUUUUAGGACAAAACCGGUGAAAUUACUAAUUUUAGAAUUUAUAUUUUUCAAAUGAAAUGCAUAUUAAAAAUAAACUGAAUUUAUCAAAAGA